AUGUUGUCGGUGUCCUGCAGCUCUGCCACCCUGCCGAUCACUUUCCGUUGUCUGGAGGAAAACAACCGUGUGGACAAACGAGUGACUCGCUUCGUCCUCCCCGUGGGCGCCACCAUCAACAUGGACGGCACCGCGCUGUACGAGGCGGUGGCGGCCAUCUUUAUCGCCCAGGUCAACGACAUGGACCUCAACUUUGGGCAGAUUCUCACCAUCAGCAUCACGGCGACGGCUGCCAGCAUCGGAGCAGCAGGCAUCCCUCAGGCUGGACUGGUUACCAUGGUGAUCGUAUUGACCUCGGUGGGACUGCCCACGGAGGACAUAACUCUGAUCAUCGCCGUGGAUUGGUUCCUGGACCGCCUGCGCACCACCACCAACGUGCUGGGUGACUCUCUGGGUGCGGGGAUCGUGGAGCAUCUUUCCCGUAAAGAGCUGCAGAGUCAGGACGCCGAAGUGUGCAACUCUGUGAUCGAGGAGAACGAGAAGCCCUACCAGCUCAUCUGCCAGGAGAACGACUCACUCAACCACCGCAACAGUGAGACCACGAUGUGAAGACAAGAGCUACAAGGGAUUCAUGCACCAAGUUUAGAUCGAAGGUUGACGUGCAAUGGUGCAGAGGUAGUCUUAAAGAAAUAAUAGUUCAUGGUCUAAUCUGCCAAUGGCUUCGGGUUUGAAGUUAUCAGUUCAGAUGAAAUCCUUUCUUCAAGUCUAAAAACAAAGUUCUCCGGGAAAGGAAAUACAAAUGACAGCCGGUUGGUUUGCUUGUUAGGAACGGUUACACACAAUGCCUAUAAUAACAUAUCCCUUUGCCUGCAGUGCCGGUUAUUUGGAGGUAUUUUGCUAUUUGAGCAUCAAUUUCAGCAACACAGUUUUCACAUAGUCCUUAAACGUCAUCAUGUUUUCAAAAAUGUACAUAAUUUACGAUACAUAAAGUCAAAGCAGCAUAAGCUCCUUACCAGUGUCAGAGAAACACCACCAUUCGUAAAUUAAGAGCGGAUUUGAAUAUGCUUUUUGCAUUGCAUGACUUAACACAAACUCAUUCUCACUACGACUACCUCUAGAUAUGGAGCCUCCGUGCUACACGCAGAAAUACUCAAUGGAGAUGGAAAUACUUCAGUCUUGUUUUUUUAAUAUAUUUUUUGUUAUUUAAGUUUGCUUGCACAAGUUACCUGUACAAUUUGAAUGUACUUGACCGUUAAACAAUGUUAAAGUUUGAUGUGAAGGAGAGUUGAUGCAUUUCUAGCAACUUGUGUUUUUCACUCAGUGCUUUCUAUUAUACUAGUGUGUAUUUCCUCGGUGCUAUUGCUUUUUUAUCGGUAAAUGACUGUUCUGUCAUUUUACAGGAAUACCUGCCAAAGUUAAUUUAGUAGAAAUGAUCCAACAAUGAAUGUGCAAAACUUUCUUUUCUCUUAGGUAUUAUCCAUAACUAGAUGUCUUUUUCACUGAUUUAUAAAGUAAUAACACCUGUAGUUUCAAUGUCAUUGAACCUUAGAGGACUUUUAGACACCUGUCCACCUGCCUGUGUGUGUUUUUUGCUUUUUAAUUCACAUUAACAUUUAAUUUAGUUAUAUUUGGACUAGAAUGAUACAUAGCAUAUAUUGCAAGCUUAUGAUUGUUUGAGUUUGAUUGUUGUGUGAAAAGGUACUGUGAAGACAGUUUGUGAACGCCCUGAGAAAGUGAAUGUUGCUUUAUGCCUUUUGGUGUUGAUAGAUUUAGAGCGAAUUGUAGUGUAUUAUUUUGAAAGUUAGAUAGCAUUUAAAGCUCCUCUUAAUGUGUGUCACAUGUAAGCUCACUAGAGAUUUGUCUUUAGUUUUGAAGUUUGGUGUUAUUUCAGUAACAAGCUCUACAUUUUGAUGGUCAGCUUAUGAAAAAAAUGUGACAAAUAAAUGGCUCAGGAAUUGAA